CAGCCCUGAAUUUUGCCAGCAUUAUAUCUCUUCCCUGGAUCGUGAAGAACUUAAGAGCAAACUGACCUCACUUCCCUCUACAAAAUGACAGAGUAUUUAUGACAAGCUAAUCUUUAAGAUUUGAAGUAUGUGGUAGCAUGGAGUUUUGCUGUCUUCAGUAUCUUGCUGGAAUGUUGUUCACUAACAGUUAUUGAGGACUGGAUGAUUCAGGGUACCGCUUGGACUGGUUGGAUUUUCUCAUUUUACACCUGUGAAGUUUCUGCAAUCCGAAGAUGGCAGCAAAUAAGCCUAAAGGACAGAAUUCAUUGGCUUUACACAAAGUCAUCAUGGUGGGAAGUGGUGGUGUCGGAAAAUCUGCUUUAACACUGCAGUUUAUGUAUGAUGAGUUUGUAGAAGAUUAUGAGCCCACCAAAGCAGACAGCUACAGGAAAAAAGUAGUUCUGGAUGGGGAAGAAGUACAAAUUGAUAUAUUGGACACAGCAGGGCAGGAGGACUAUGCUGCAAUUAGAGAUAACUACUUCCGAAGUGGAGAAGGCUUUCUUUGUGUCUUCUCUAUUACAGAGCUGGAGUCCUUCGCAGCUACUGCAGACUUCAGGGAGCAGAUUUUAAGAGUAAAAGAAGAUGAGAAUGUCCCUUUUUUGCUAGUUGGUAACAAAUCAGAUCUGGAAGAUAAAAGGCAAGUUUCUGUAGAAGAAGCAAAAAACAGAGCUGAUCAGUGGAAUGUUAACUAUGUGGAAACUUCUGCAAAAACACGAGCUAAUGUUGACAAGGUGUUUUUCGAUUUAAUGAGAGAAAUUAGAGCCAGAAAAAUGGAAGACAGCAAAGAGAAGAAUGGGAAGAAGAAAAGAAAAAGCCUAGCUAAGAGAAUCAGAGAAAGAUGUUGCAUUUUAUAAUCAAAACCCUGAAUUCCUUUCCUACCCUGACCAUACUAAUAAAAAACAUAAUUUAUAAGCAUGCCA